UUCAUUUAUCACACGGUGAAACAAACUAGUUAGUUAGUUAUAUUCUUCGCGCUUAGUCGGUUACAACUGACAACACGUCACUUCACCCGACCUGAAAUAAAUACUUCACUAUUUCAUAACUGAACCGAAUCCAGACACUCGUUCAUUCUUCAUCAUAGCGAUCGAACAAGUUCGUUCUUUCUUUGCGAGCUUGAAUUGAACGUAACGAGCCUUCCAGAAGCGAAUACCAGUUGCUGCAAGCAAUAAUAAUGGAGUGGUGUGAUCACUGUGUGCGCUAUCAACAAACCAGAAUUGAACAAAUUCCCGACGUUUUCCCCAAGAAUUUCAACGGGUCUUGUAGUACUUGUGGGAAGGUUCUAUGGGACAUGAGUAUCGGCUUCUCCCAACAAAUUAAGAAUAACAGCAAAGGUUAUGACAGAAUGAAGAAAGUGAGAAAGGUCAAGGACAAUCCAAAAGUUGAGAAAUGUGUUGUAGUAGAUUCUAUGGAUGAAGAAGAUUAUUCUACGGAUGAAGAAGAUAACGAUGAUAAGGAGGAAGACAAAAGUAUCAAUUCUGAUAUCAACUGAAGAUUGAUGAGGCAUGUAGCUCACAUGUGACAUACCAAGAUCUUAUCAGAACAAUGUUCUUCAGAUUUUAAUUUUCCAACUUUUAUGGUCAAAAUUCAAAUGUCUCUCUUUCAUUGAAACCUCAUUCAUUCGAUUCAUGAGGCCCCAUAGUUCCUGGUUGUUUUGUUAUUUGGCAUUCAUUUUUUUAAUAAAAAUAGAGCUUUCUAUUAAAAACAAAAGAAAGA